AGAUUUUCAGGAAGUUAGUUAUAAUAUUAGUGAAUAGAGUUGUAUAUUUGAGUAUAUAAUAAUAUAGUAUUAAACAUUUUCUUUUAAAAUGUUAACGAUUAUUUUCAAUAAUUUUGAUUUUAUGCUGUCAUUUUUGCCAGCAAUAAUUAUUGGUGUAUAUUUGUAUACUACGUGGUAUUAUGAUUAUUGGUCAAAAUUAGGCGUAAAAUGUCCAUGGUCACCUGUUCCAUUAUUUGGCCAUGUUUUUCAGUCUAUUACUUUGAAGAAACAUUUUAUGGAAGUAUUAGAAGAUAUUUAUAGAAAAAUUGACGAUGAACCAUUUGUUGGGAUAUAUAGUAUGCGUACACCUGAAUUUUUCAUUAAAGAUCCAGAGAUCAUUGGUAAAGUGUUAAUUAAAGACUUCAACUAUUUCACUGAUCGAGGUUCACUGAAUAACCCUAAGAACCCCUUAAGUCAUAACAUAUUUCAAACUGGCGGUGAACGAUGGAGAACUAUGAGACAAAAACUUAGUCCUACUUUUACUACUAAUAAGCUAAAAUAUAUGAUAGAACAAAUAAAAAUAUGCAGUGAUAGCUUACUGGAAUGUAUUAAUGAAAAUUUUAUCAAAUAUUCUGGUCAAAUGGAAAUUAGAGAUAUGAUGGGCAAAUACUCAACGGAUGUAAUAGGAAAAUGUGCUUUUGGUUUGGACCUGGAUACUAUCAAUGAUCCUGAGUCGGAGUUUCGUAAUUACGGAAAAGUUACUUUUCAACCUUCAAUUAGGGCUCACGUUAUUGUAUCUGUUUUUUUAACCCAACCAUCAUUAUUACGCUUUAUGCCGUCAAGUUUUCAACCUCAAAAAUCAAUUGAUUUUUUUCGAAACGCUUUUCAACAAACUAUUCACCAUAGGAUUGAGAGUAAAAUUGAACGGAAAGAUGUUGUCCAACAACUUAUGAAAGCUAGAGAAGAUCUAGUGUUAAACCCAGCUUUAAAUGAUAAAGAUAAAUUUUCGGAAAUGGACAUAGUAGCAAAUGCAUACAUUUUAUUUGUUGCGGGUUUUGAAACUGUAUCCACGUCUAUGAGUUUCUGUCUAUAUGAGCUUGCAUUACAUAAAAACAUUCAGGACAAAGUUCGAGAGGAAAUCAUUGGAAUAAAAUCAAAGAAUGAUGGAAAAUUAGAUAAUGACUGCUUAUGUGAUCUUCAAUACUUAAACAUGGUUAUCAAAGAAACCCUGAGAAGAUAUCCUCCACUUGUAUUUUUAACAAGAGUCGUUACUAAACCAUACACAUUACCGGAUACUAAUAUCACUUUAGAAAAUGGAACUAAAAUACUCAUACCCGUAAGAUCUUUACAUUAUGACUGUAAAUAUUUUCCAAACCCUAAUGAAUUUGAUCCAGAACGGUUUUCCGAUGAAAACAUCAACAAGUUACAUCCGAACACUUAUAUGCCAUUUGGUGAUGGCCCUCGACAGUGCAUAGCUAAACGGUUCGCUGAAAUUGAAAUGAAAUUGGCUUUAUCUGAAAUUCUAUCUAAAUACGAAGUAUUACCUUGUGAAAAAACACAAAUACCUAUAAAAUAUAUUAUUGGAAGCUUUGUUAAUGCUCCAGAAAAUAUUUGGCUUAAGUUUAAACCAAUACAUUCUUAAAUUUUUUAUAAGUCAAUAUCUUUUGUAACUGCUUGUAUUUAUUAUAAACCAAAAAGUUUAGUGGAAUAAUUUGUUUACUGCAAUAAACAAAAUAUUUAAGUA